GCAGCCAUAAAGAAGGCUCCACACACAGCCGUCUGGAAGGCAUUACACAGCAGCGGCACAGAGAUUUCUGGCCACUUCUCUGCGCUGUGUUUAACCUGGAUGCUUUGGGAAACUCUAGAAAUACUUACCUACCUGCCCCACAAGACAGCAAAAUGCAAAUGAUCAGACUUAUAUUUGAUUGUUAGAGUAACUGCUGGGACCUCUUUUUAAAAAAAAUUCUGUGUCAAUAUGAUUGACGCAGCUAAACUUUUUGUAACUUUUAAAAACUUUUAAAGAAUGAAUGAAAUUGUCAGAAGUUGAUGGAGAAAAAUAUUUAUCAUUUUUGCAUAGUCUACUUUUUAUUUAUACUUUUUUAUAUGAGCAAUGCCAAAGUUGACUGACAUGAUGUUUGUGUUUGUACACUUGAGAUGCAUGCGGUGCAUAGUUAAUGACUGCAGAUUGACUGUUAAAAACUAGAGAAGACAAGCAGUCUGAAUAUUUUCGAGCAUCCAGCUGAGCAAGCUUAGAGGGACCCGCGUGAAUAUUAUUUGUUCUCUUAUUGAUGAGGAUCAUUUUCAGCGGAUUCAUGAGACUCAUUACUACACAAGUGUCCUCUCAAACUUUGUCGAGACUUUUUCUCCUUGUGGAGCGGUACCAGAGCCGCCGGAGCUGACCGCAUCCUUUCUCAAGGACGAACGAGAGGACAACAGCUGCUUCAAGAUGAGGUGUCAUAGAGUCCUCACCUACCUGCGGAUAUUCGGGACCACCAUGUUCGGUGUGUCCCUACUGGUGGGCAUCUCCACGGCGUACAUCAUGGGCUACCAGUUCUUCACCACAGCCCGCAAUCACCUAUCCUUUGGUCUGUACGGUGCCAUCUUGGUCGUCCACCUCAUUAUCCAGAGCCUUUUUGCGCUCUUGGAACACCGAAACAUGCGGCGGUCCUUAGAGACGCCAAUCAAACUGAACAAAUCCUUGGCGUUGUGCAUUGCAGCGUAUCAAGAGGACCCAAACUACCUAAGAAAAUGCCUGGUGUCAGUGAAGAGGCUGACCUAUCCUGGGAUCAAAGUGAUCAUGGUGAUCGACGGGAACUCAGAGGAUGACAUGUACAUGAUGGAGAUUUUUAAAGAGAUCAUGGGACGGGACAAAUCGGCCACGUACGUGUGGCGGAGUAACUUUCACCACAGAGGGCCAGAUGAGACGGACGAGAGCUACGCUGAGGGCAUUCAACAAGUCUCCAGGCUGGUGCUGAACAACAAGUGUGUGUGCAUCAUGCAGAAGUGGGGAGGAAAGAGAGAGGUCAUGUAUACCCCAUUCAAAGCACUGGGGAGGAGCGUGGACUAUGUGCAGGUGUGUGACUCUGACACUAUGUUGGACCCAGCUUCAUCAGUGGAGAUGGUGAAGGUUCUAGAAGAAGACCCGAUGGUGGGAGGCGUUGGAGGAGAUGUUCAGAUCCUAAACAAAUAUGAGUCGUGGAUCUCCUUCCUAAGCAGUGUACGGUACUGGAUGGCCUUCAACAUUGAGAGGGCUUGCCAGUCCUACUUUGGUUGCGUGCAGUGCAUCAGUGGGCCUUUAGGAAUGUAUCGGAACUCCCUCCUGCACGAGUUCCUGGAGGACUGGUACAAUCAGACUUUCAUGGGAUCCCACUGCAGUUUUGGGGAUGACCGCCAUCUCACGAACAGAGUUCUAAGCCUUGGGUAUGCAACCAAAUACACUGCACGAUCAAAGUGCCUCACUGAGACGCCAAUUACAUACCUGAGGUGGCUCAAUCAACAAACUCGGUGGAGUAAGUCAUAUUUCAGAGAAUGGCUAUACAACUCUAUGUGGUUCCACAAACACCAUCUAUGGAUGACUUAUGAGGCUGUGAUCACGGGCUUCUUCCCGUUUUUCCUCAUCGCCACUGCAAUCCAACUCUUCUACCAAGGAAGGCUCUGGAAUAUUCUGUUGUUUCUACUCAUUGUGCAGGCGGUGGCGCUAAUCAAGUCGUCGUUUGCCAGCUGUCUCAGAGGUAACAUAGUCAUGGUGUUCAUGUCGUUCUACUCUGUACUGUACAUGUCAAGCUUGUUGCCAGCAAAAAUGUUUGCAAUAGCAACAAUCAACAAGUCUGGAUGGGGGACCUCUGGGAGGAAGACUAUAGUGGUGAACUUCAUUGGUCUGAUUCCUAUAUCAGUUUGGUUCACCAUCCUCUUCGUUGGGAUUAUCUACACAGUAAUCCUGCAGACUAGAAAACCCUUUCCUGAAUCAGAAAAGAUUGUUCUGAUCAUAGGGGCAGUCGUCUAUGCCAGUUACUGGGUCAUACUGUUGACGUUGUAUACAGUGCUCAUAAAUAAGUGUGGGAAGAGGAAGAAGGAACCACACUAUGACAUGGUGCUGGAUGUAUGACCACAGUCAUCAGUUACCACUGAAGUCAUGUUUUUUUUUUUUUUUAUUUACACCAUAUUGUUGCUAUACAAAUGUUUGUCAGAUGCAGAGCAGCUCUGGAGGCAAAAUUGGUUGAGUUCAACCAAAAUGUUUUUUUUUUUCAGACUUGAAUGGCAAAAAUAAAUAAAUCACAGUGGCUGCUUUUUUUCUUUUGUUCUUUUUUUCUCAUAAUCAUAGCAUUCACGAUCUUGGAACAUCAGCAUGCUAGCUAAUUAGCUUACCUAGAUGUCUUUAAUCAAACUGAAGAACCACUAGUGUAAGCUAAAUAGCUGACCUUGAUUACUCAGUAUGGCAAGAUUAAAUAUAUUGCAGUUGGUAGCAAGAGUGCUUGGCUUUGUAAUAUUAGCUACCUCUUACCCAUGUCAUUUUCACUGGGCUUCAGUCUUACAUUUUGAACUGAGCCAAAGAAACUGUGGAUUUUUAUCUCCGCCCACUGGGGUUUAACUUGACCAGUAAGAACAUUUUACCUCCAGAGCAUCAUUGUGUCUCCAGGAAAUGUUUGUACAUCCUAACUAGGAACAAAUCCACAUACUGCCCCUACCAGAGGGAAGCAGAAAAACCCCACCACAUAUAGCUUCAAAUUGAAGUCAAACUGAAACUAUCACUGCCCUUGCCUUCCAGGCUGUCUCCACUGUCAAAUGACUGAACAACACCAAGGAUUACAUGUUAACUCUAAAAAGCUAAAGUAAAAGUUGUGGAAUGUAAUCUGCAGUUAUCUGGAUAGUUUGUGUGGAUCUCAUGAAUGGGUGAGCUUGGCCACUUUACCAUUAAAAACAAACAAUAAAAUCCACAAGAUGUGACACUGCAUCUGCUUAUUGAUUUCAUGCCACAAGUUCAAAGUUGUUAGUUCUGGAGGAAAUGCAUUGGUGUACCUUUUCAGUGUUUUCAAAUCUCUCUUUGGAAGAGUUAUCAAUUUACAAAGAGUGAAAGGGUGCAGAAAGGGCUUUAAAAUUAAGAGCUGCUCUCUUUUUUUGCUGCACUCAUGUCAUAUGGGAAAGAUGCUUCCUCUUACACUAUAAAUCUAUUCAUAAUGCAUCUAUUUCAACUGAAGACAUUGUAUCACUUGAGUCAAUUCCACUCGUAAAUUUCAAUGGCAGUGCACAGCUGUUUGAUGCAAGUUUUGUUCAUGAUCCAAACACAUCAGUCACUGUGGUGCGUACUGUAUGUUGAAUGUGAAGAGGAAAAGGAUCCACAGAAAUAUCCAACCAUGCUUUUAAGAGGCUACAGAUGCAUUGUGUUUGAAUGUCUGGACAUGUCUUGUUGUUAUUCCCAUAUGACGUGAAUACAGUAUUUUUCUCGUUUACAAAGUGAAGAAUCUCAAACUGAUCACUGAUUCGUAGAUAUAAUCUCCACCGGAUCAGGUGACCAGGUGACCAGAAGAGAGACGGUGUAUCAUUGCUGCUGUGACUGUUUUAUUUUUACAGAAACAAUGCCUUUUGUUUUUAUUUUAUUUUUAAAUAAAAUUAUGAUGGGUGUAUGUUGCAAACUGGUUUUAACACUAUUACUGUUAAUGUAUUUCUUUCUACCAAGUUGAAUGAUAACCACCAAGUAGACAUGGUGGACAUGUUCCAAUCCAAAGACUUUGUGAUUUUUGCUUUCCAUGUGCCCUUGCUCUCUUCCUUUCUCACAUACUGUAUUGAGGGUAAUGUGGCCUAUCUCUGUGCUUCCUGGCAUUGUGUUAAAUUACCUGCAAGGGGAGGAGAAAAUAUGAAAAUGUAUCAAAUGGGAGGAAAGUACUUCCUGUCCUGAUAACAGGAAUAUGAAUAAGGGCACUUGAUGGAAAGGAACAGCAUUUUGGAAUGAAACAAGUCCUGUGUUUGCUAUAGAUGAGCAGACAUGAGUUUAAUUGUUGCACUUUUAUGUCUCUUCCAUUGUCCAGUGUGAUGCUUGACGUAAUCAAGAUGAAAUACCUCAGUGGUUCUCUUUUGCAUUGCAUCAAGGCGUCAGGAUGCCGUCCAAAGAGUGAUGCAUUCUGAAAGUCUCUAGUAAUUUAUGAUCUGUUUAUGAUAUUGAAUAUAAAAGUGUCCUUUUUUAUACGCAGUUCCUUAUUAAGUCGAAGCUGGAUUUCUCUGCCUUUUUGGCCCUUUGCUGUAGCCGUUUACUUUUUGUUACUUUGUAUUUCAGUGCAUUUUAUAUAUAGACAUUUUUAUUCUAUUUUUGCUUAGCUACCAAAGAUUCUUUAUUUUUACUCAUGUUUUUUAUAAGAAAAAUGGGAAAAUGUAUUUGUUGUGCUUUCAACUGUUCUGACAAUGACUUGUAUAUCUGACCAAACAAUGUGAAAUUAUGAGCUGGGGAUUUUGUCUGCAAUAACAACAGUAAAAAUGCAAUUUGUAGGGAUAAGUUAUUGAUUUCAAGAGAGGUGUUGAACCUGUGUUUUUGUAAUUUGUACGUAGAUAGAAAACCAGCAUAUUUAUGUUUAUUGGAUUCUGUACUUAGGAAGAUGUCCUCUAGUGUACAUGUACAAUUAUUAAGGUUCCAUAUGUCUACACUGCAAAAACAAUAAAUACAUCUAGAAAUUAUUUUUAAUAUAUACAACAUGUGAACAUGUGAACAACAUUUUUUUGCAGUGUUGAAACUCCGUGGAGUUGUGCUUCCUGUGUUCAGUUCUUAAUAUAAAGGACAAUAAAGCCAAAGCAGACGGAAAACUUUUGUCCAAAACAUUUCAAAAAGAUUUGCACAGAAAUGUCAUUAUCUUCAAAUUAUGUGUUUUAAAGUUGUGAGGUGCCUUAAUGAGCAAUAACAAGAGAAAAACUGGGUGACAUUUUAAAACAGUUUUAUCAUGUGCAGUGUUAUCAUAAAGCACUUUUUGUGU